AUGGGAAGUGCUCUCCUUGGAAUUCUUGGUUUUACUAAGAUAUUUAAUGGCAUCGAUGGCUUACUCGUCUCAAAAGUCAACAAACAUGGACGACUUAAAACCAUUGAGAAAAGAAAAUUACGACUUGAAAAAACAAGUGCUGCAACUAGAAAAUGCACAGCGAAGGGAUUACCACGUAUUGAAAUAGCCAAGACGUAUGCUUCAUAUUUUAUCAACAAUGAUACUACUGAUAAAAUAGGAAGUGCUCUCCUUGGAGUUCUUGGUUUUACUGUGGCUAUACCAGCACAAUGCGUUUUCCCAGCACCUUGGCGUUCUUUUGCUAUCGAACAGAUGGCACUUAUGUUCUUGCCAAAGUGGUUUAAUGUGUUUUCAAUUGUAUUUGAUUGUGGAACAGUGUUCACUCUUGAUUUUGAUAGAGAAGAACAGGAAUCAGCUAUUAUAGCAUUAACUAUCCAUCCACACCCUCAAGAUGGCCAAGUUAAUUGCACAAUUGUUGAUUAA